AUGUCCACGUUUUAUCAAACGCCGUCGUCAGCAGCACACGCGGUGUUUGCCACGGCCGAACUCCUUGAACAGAUUUUCCUCGAGCUUCCAUUGCGCAACCUCGUCUCAUCACGAAGAGUCAGUGAGCAAUGGGCAGACACAAUCAAGGACUCGCCAAAGCUCCAUGGAAGAUCUGUCUUUCGCAGGCCAAUGCCGAACCGAAGCGAAACCGUCACGAUGAAUCCCAAAUUCCCUCGAAAAACAUCCAUGCCAUCAAGCAAAGCCUUACGGAACCUCGAAGAAGGCAUCCUCGACGCAAAGAGCCCAAGUCACAUCGCUAUCGAUCACAAAGCCCUCUCCAAAAUGGAACCAGCUUCGCGCCUCGAGCUUAUCUCACAGCCACCGAUUCGGAAGGUUACUUUCUGGUGCGUCUUCUCGAAAGGCGACACGCUGGAUGGACGAGUGGUGUUCAAGGAAAAGGUCAAGAAGUUUGGUCAGGGUGCGACGUUUGAGACUCUGGCGGGCAGACUGGAACGUUUCUUCUCGAAGGCUCGGGAGCAUCGGGCGACGACGAAUGAGCAUAAAAUGGUGGAUUUUGUGUGGCUGGAUUUCGGUGACGUUUCGAUGGAUCGAAAUUGUGGCGAGGAAGGUCUGGAGGACAAGUUAGGUCGACUGAAGCUGUAG